GUGAGCCCCAUCAGGAACCUCUCUGAUGGGCAGAAGUGCCGUGUGUGCUUCGCGUGGCUGGCCUGGCAGAACCCUCACAUGCUGUUCCUGGAUGAGCCCACCAACCACCUGGACAUAGAGACAAUAGAUGCUCUAGCAGAUGCUAUCAAUGAAUUUGAAGGUGGAAUGAUGCUCGUCAGCCAUGACUUUAGACUCAUCCAACAGGUAGCACAGGAGAUCUGGGUCUGUGAGAAGCAGACAAUCACAAAGUGGCAAGGUGACAUCCUCGCCUACAAGGAGCAUCUCAAGUCAAAGCUAGUGGAUGAGGACCCGCAGCUCACCAAGAAGACCCACAACGUGUGAGCGCCGGGCAGGGGGGAUGGCCGUGGCCGAGGCGACGCGCC